CUCAAGUCUCCAUUCGCAAUCGCCCUCUCGAUAAGCUGGAGCGAUUGUUGAGAAGGACAGAAGAAAAGGAGGAGCGCAUCUCACACGCUGCCAUGACAUGAUUGACACCCCGCGACACCUAUCCCGCCCAUCCUGACCGGAACCAUACUGAGGGGUUGUUGCGUCUCGCAACCAACCAUCCACCACCGCCAUCACCAUGUAUCAUCUCGCCAAGUCGCUGUAUAUGUACGCUACGAGUAAAGAAGAGUACUCCGUCCUGCUUCUCGGGCUCGACAACGCGGGCAAGACCACCCUCCUCUCGCAGAUCAAAGCGCUCUACCAACCUCCCCGCUCCGAUGGCAGCUUACCGGCCUCGCUCCUUCCCGGCAGUAUCGGCAAGACCGUGCCGACCGUCGGGCAGAACGUCGCCACCAUCUCGCUGCCGGACAUGUACCUCAAGAUCUGGGACGUCGGCGGGCAGAUCUCCAUGCGCAACCUCUGGCAGAGCUACUACACCAGCUGUCAUGCGAUCAUCUUUGUCGUCGACAGCACCGACGUCGGCCAGGACUCGGACAUCACGCGGCUGCCGCAGCGCCGACGGUCGAGCGCCACCGCCGCCGCCGACAACGACAAGGCCGCCGCGGGGGAUGUCGACGAUGGCGACGCCAGUGACAACGACCUCGGGUCGCCGACGGUGGCCUUCACGGCCGAGAACGUCGGGAUCAACGCCCCUGGCAGCGACUUCGGCCGGCUGGACGAGUGUCGCCAGGUGCUGGAGUCGGUGCUGAAGCACGCGGAUGUGGCCGGCGUGCCGAUCCUGGUGCUGGCCAACAAGCAGGAUCGCGAGGAUUCCGUCGAGGUCGUUCGCAUCAAGGAGGGGUUCGUACGCAAGGUGUUCGAGGGCGAGUCCGGCGCGGGCGUGCGUGAUAGUCGCGUGCUGCCCGUGAGUGCCUUGAUGGGCUCCGGCGUGCAGGAGGCUGUCGAGUGGGUGCAGAGUCGGGUGAAAUGGAACAAGGAGGGUCGGCCGCCGGUGAUGCGGUGAUUGUCGUCGCUCGUCUGUUGACGAUGACUGCUUACGAAGUCAGCUAGCUCGCUGCAUUAAUCCUCACUUACGCUGGAGCUCAGUGUCUCUACCUCUGUUUUUGUGUUUCUAGGCUGGCGUACGGGGCAUUCUGUUUAUGGAAGAUACCUGAUCGAAACCAUCGCACUUUUCUCCUUCUUUUCUUUUCUGAGUCUGUCGGUCUGUCCUGUCUGUUGGCGAUCUCGAGCUUCUAUGUGCACAUAGCUAGCUCCCUUGCAAGAAUAAUAGAGAUAGAUCGAUGGGUGUUGUACGGCCUCGAAUCAUCAGGCAUCCACCCCUCCCUCUAUGUACUAUGAUCUAAUCGGCAUCUCGAAAUCUCAAUCAGAGCAUUCCAAUCG